AUGGUUGAUGGCGCAAAAGGCGAGUUGUUUUCAGCUCUCCAGUUGCUCAACUCCUCACUUGGCAAGCCGGCAAGCGUUGGUUGCGGUGCCAAUUGCCAAGUUUGUGCACAGCUUGUGCUCGAAAACAAUAGUCCGCAGCAGACUGGCGCCGGGCUACUGUGGUCACAGAAGCCAUCGCUGUAUUUUGAUUUCGACGAACUGGAUGACAUUGAGGAGGUCGGGCGACCGGUUAUUGCCACGGCGUUGACCCCCGUGCAGCCGAAACAAAGGCUGUACCAAGGCGUGGUCACAUUGCAGAUUGUCGCUGCGAUUACGGGGGCAGAGGUGUGCAAGUUGACGCAUGUAGCCCUCGACUGGACCAUCUGGGAUGUCAAGGAACUCAUCGAGAGGAUGGAGGGGACAAAGCUAAGCUCGCAGAAAUUGCUCUGCGAUCAUGGCAAGGUUGCCAGUGACAAUGCCAUUCUUGGUGAUGUGCUGGAUGGCGCAAGCGGCGCAAACGGCAGAAACCCUCAGCUCAGCCUCAUCCGCUCUCCUCCUGUUUGGGCUGGAUUGCUGGCAAGCAUUGCAGCUGGAGAAGUUCAUCUUGAGGAUUUAGACGAAGGUGCUCGCAGUGAUCGAGCAAUCGUACUUGCGGCUGUGAAUGCAAGUCAAGGCAGAGCUUUAGCCCACGCAUCUGCCACACUACGUGGCGACAAGGAGAUUGUGGCCGAAGCUGUGAAGCGCAAUGGGCUAUCCCUGCGACACGCCACUCCGGCGAUGCGAGCGGACCGUGACCUUGUGCUGACAGCCGUUCGUGAAUGCCCUAUGGCCUUGGAGUUUGCAAGUGACAUGCUUCGCAAAGAUCAUGAUUUCAUCGUCAACGCAGUCCGUGUUUCAGCACGAGCUGCUGGAUGCGUCGCGGAGGAGCUGCAGAGAAACUUAUCCUUCGCUGGGGAGCUACUGUCUGCAUUUCCUGCUGUUUUCGCGCACCUGCCGCCGCAGUUGCGAACAUCAUCGGAUUUCAUUCUACGAGCCGUCCGUUGCAACGGGGAUGUGCUGCGGUUUGCCACCGGAUGGCACUCGCACCCAGAGGUUGUGCUGACAGCCAUACAGAAGGCACCACAGGCCGUGCACUUUGUGGAUGCCUCUCUGCGCCAGCGUGCUGAGUUUGGGACAGCGGCUGUGAUGGUCAACCCAUGGGUGUUUGAGCAGCUCGGAUCCCAACAUCGGAACGACUUGGCCUUGGCGCUGCAAGCUGCCAGGGCGCAGCCGGCAUUGGCACACUUUGCGGGUGACAACAUUAAGGGCAAGGUCUUGUCUUUAAUACAGAAGGAGCAGUCCGAGGCUUUCGGAGCUCCGGAAGGCUAUGUUGAUGGCCCGGUGUGGUGGCUUCCAGAAACGUUAAAGCAGCGCAUCGAGCGGCGUGAGCUAAUCUCACAGCUGAAGCGCCGAGGGUCCAAAGUGGAGAAGGCGGCUCUCGCCGAGAAGUUGCUGUACCACAACGGUACAUUAACCGACAGCGUGCAGGACAUAAUGCUGGGAAUUGGUGGUUUCAAAGAUGCUGGUGCGUGGUAUUCUGCCAUACACGUAUUGGCCAUGAUGCAGAGGGGCCACAUGGCUGUGGACUUGCCGCUUGUGAAUUGCGUGAUGUCUGCGUGCAAAGAUCGGGGUCACGAACUGGCCCAGCAGCUCGUUGCGUUUUUGGUGGCGGCCAGGAUCCAACCAGAUGCCAACACCUUUCGUUGUGCUGCCUUGUGCUGCAGCGAUGACCAGUGGUCGUUUGCACUUCAGUGGCUGGCUGAAGCCAAGAAGGAAGCAGUCCCGCAUGUCCCGCUGGGAGGAGUCUACACGGCUGUGAUGAGCGUGGCGCGCAAAGCGCGGUGCUGGGAUGUCGCUCUCCCUUUGCUGAAGGACAUGCAGCAGUGGCAGGAGGCACCUGACACUAAGUUCUUCAACUCAGCGCUCUGGUCGUGCAGCCGAGGGCAAUGGGAGGUUUCUGUUCAUCUGCUGCGGCGAAUGGAAUCAGCUGGGGUGCCAAGCGAGCCGUUCACGUACUUUGCGGCUUCGCAGGAAGUCCCGGAUGAGUCCACGGCUUCCUGCAUGGUGCAGCAUCUGCGACGAAUGCGAACGCAUUCGCUACAUAUCGAUAUCUGUCAAUACGCAAAAAUGCUGGCGCACUAUGCCCGUGAUGAUGAAUGGCCUUCUCUGAGACGGGCUGUUCUUGAAGGUGGAGGCUUUUUGUUGCCACUACGGCGGUGCUUGACGCACAACUUUGAUCAAGAGAUCGGCUGGUAUCGUUCGCACGUGCUCGAGAGCAAGAAUUUGACCAGGCAGUGGUUGGACUCAUUCCCAGAUGGGGCUCAGUACGCUGACUGGAGGAGGCUGCGAAAGACUUUGAAGAAGCUGCGCCGUCCUGAUCCAUUGGACUACUCCGACAUUGGUGCCCACGCCGGAUACAUCCGAAACAAGGUCUUUGAAAAAGACCGUUGCACACAAGUGGCCUGUGUGCUCUUUGGCCCGGAAGCUGUCGCACACGGGCUAGAAAAGAAGGAGUCUUGCGUGGUGGUCGACGUUGGUGGAGGUCCUGGAAUCGCAGCGCUAGGAAUUGCUGUCUAUGCCGAGCUGGAAGGAUGGCCGGUGCACUUGAAGCACCAUGUUGUGGACUGUGAAGCUGCGUGGUCUGGGACCCUCCAGCGUCUUCAGUCAGUGCUGAGGCACUGGCGCCCUGAAUCUGCUCUGCAGACGGAGCUACGCUUCCAUCAAGGCCAGUUGAUGAGCAAGACGUUGGCGCAGGGAGUGCCUGCUCCUGCAGACACCGACAUCUUCAUUUUUUCUUACGUACUGCACGAGAACAUAGACGAGCUUCGUUCGAGCGACUUCGGGCUGCUGUCGACCUUGCUUCAGGCGAUGGGUACCCAGUUUGGCAGACUGGUGCAAGCAGCUGUCCUUCCAGGCCUUGGAAUGGGCAAGGCAGGCAGUGCCAAGGCCAUCACAGCUCUUGUGAGUUGCGUGUGCUAUCCGGCGCAGCACCGCACCAUCCAAGCAAGCGGUCAGAAGGAUGGCAAGGCCGCAAAGGUUGAGUCAAAGACAGACAGCAAGGAGCCCAGCAAGGCUCCAGAAAAAGCAGCAGACGAUCCAAAAGCAAAGUUGGCGGAGGAAGCCAGGCAGAAGUUUGCAGACGACGAGCGGGAUGAGUUGGCCAGGAUCGACCUGCGAAAGCUCAACAGAGCAGCAAAGGCUUCAGGCUCCCAGAUGACAGGGAACAGAGACAAGAGCAUUGCGCGAGUCACGCGGUUUCAGAACAGGUUAAAGCUAUUUAAAGGCGAGAGCGAGAUCGACGCCGUCAUGAAAGACAUUGAUGGUGUUGACGCCUCCAAAUAUGUUUCAGAGCUGACGGAGUGCAUCCUGGAAGCAGCUGGCACCUCUUUAAAGCUGAAGGAAUUGAGCGCUGUCAACAAAAUUUGCAGCAAGCUCAACGCGACCUACGAAGAGUUCGGAGCUCUACUGGGCAAGGGUCUUGUGAAGGCCUUCGCCUCAACACCAACUUCAGAGCUCAACAGGAGACGAUUCUUGCUCCGUAUGUGCGCGGAGUUGUCUCUCAUAGAGUGCGUGCAAGCGCCAAAGCCUCUGGUAGAGAUUUUCGCAGAAUUAUGUGACAUCUCCGUGCCAGAGGAGCAGCUGGUGACGAACUUCACCAUCAUCUCCUCGCUCGCGCAGAAGCACGCGGUAAGUUGCUUCAACAUAGUUCCGGCAAAGCAACAAGCCUAUGCGGAGGCUUUGGGAAAGGACUGGCCGGAACGGCAAUGUGUCCUAGAAGAGGCAUCUCGCAGCAAGCUUCAGCAGCUUGUAGUAAAUGCCUAUCAAUCAGCUGCUGGGGGUCUCCUUAGAAGUGCCCACGGCAGAUUGCUUGAGCAGGAGAAAAUCAACCAAGCACUGCGUGUGGACAAGGGCCAGGUGGAUGCGGAAAACGAGCAGAAGCAUACGCAGCUGAAAGAGGCUUUGCAGAAGAUAGAGUCUACACUCACCACCUUGUCAGAGUUCCUGAACCAGCCCAUGCCCACGACAGUGGAGGAAGAGGAGCCCAACGUGUCGCGCAUUGGAGCCGGGGAAAACUCCAAGGAGGAUGUUCCAGAAGAAGAAGAGGUUUUGAUUUUUGAGGAUUCGGAGCAGCGAAAGUUCUACGAAGAUGUCGUGGACCUGAAGGACAUCAUCCCGGCGGUGUUGCUAACAUCCGGCAAGGCGGCACAGGACGCGGGAGGCGAUGACAAGGACGCAGCAUAG